AGAAGAGCCCGCUCACUGCGCCACCUGAUUGUGAGUGCGAGAGCAAGAGAGCCAGACAGAGGGCAGAAAGCAAGCGACACAGAGUUGUGCUGCAGCAGCGAUGGGAAGUCGGGCUCUUUUUUUGCUGUGAUCAGAUUUUCAUCGCCGUUGGGACCGGAGGUUCUCCGUCGCUCUUUGUCUCUUCGUCUAACGCAGCCAGCUUGGAUUAUUGCUGCUUGCCUGUGCUCUUCAGGGGAGGAUGCUGAUGCACUGUGGCAUGUGUGUCAGGUGUGUAUGAGAUGGAAAUCCAUGUGUGCUGAUUCCCAUGAACGCACAGUGAGACUUGAUGCUGCAGGGGGACACACAGCAGGCCUGACCGGGGGCCCUACAUGCCAUGGAAGAAUGCAAGCAGAUCAUGGCACGGCAGAAAUCUAACAGCCAGUCAGAUUCUCAUGACGAUGAGGUUUCUCCUCCUCCUCCGAACCCGGUCGUCAAGGCCCGCCGCCGCAGGGGAGGAGUCAGCGCAGAAGUGUACACUGAGGAGGAUGCUGUCAGCUACGUACGCAAGGUGAUUCCUAAGGAUUACAAGACCAUGACUGCCUUGGCCAAAGCCAUCUCAAAGAAUGUGCUGUUUGCUCACUUGGAUGACAAUGAGAGAAGUGACAUAUUCGAUGCCAUGUUCCCUGUCACCCACAUUGCAGGGGAAACGGUCAUCCAACAAGGUGAUGAAGGAGACAACUUCUAUGUGAUUGACCAAGGUGAAGUGGAUGUUUAUGUGAAUGGUGAGCUGGUGACCAAUAUCGGAGAGGGAGGAAGCUUUGGCGAGCUGGCCCUGAUCUAUGGGACUCCAAGAGCUGCCACUGUCAAGGCCAAAACAGAUCUUAAACUGUGGGGCAUUGACAGGGACAGCUACCGCCGCAUCCUCAUGGGAAGUACUCUGAGAAAGAGAAAGAUGUAUGAAGAGUUCCUCAGCAAGGUCUCCAUCCUUGAGUCUUUGGAUAAGUGGGAGCGCCUGACUGUGGCUGAUGCUCUGGAGCCAGUCCAGUUUGAGGAUGGGGAGAAGAUAGUGGUGCAGGGAGAGCCUGGAGAUGACUUCUUCAUUAUUACAGAGGGAAUAGCCUCUGUUCUGCAGCGCCGAUCUGACAAUGAGGAGUAUGUCGAGGUCGGACGCCUUGGACCCUCAGACUACUUUGGUGAGAUCGCCCUGCUGCUGAACCGUCCCCGGGCAGCCACCGUCGUCGCCCGCGGACCCCUGAAGUGCGUGAAGCUGGACCGGCCCCGCUUCGAGCGCGUGCUGGGGCCGUGCUCCGAGAUCCUCAAGAGGAACAUCCAGAGAUACAACAGCUUCAUCUCCCUCACCGUGUGAGAACUCAGCGCCUCCACCUCCACUCCACCAGCACGGGUGUGCACCAUCAUCAGCAGCAUCAGAGGUUAAGCACCAGGGUUGGGAACCAGAGGAAGUGUUGGGACACAGGGUGAACAGCAAUUUUAAAUACAAAAUGACACAAAAAGCUUGUUUCCUACCUUUACUUCUUUCGAUUUGAGUUCAUUUUGUUUUUUGAUCUUGUGCACUUUGACUCAAUCUACUUGUCAUGUAGCUGUAAAAAUCAGAAGAGGACAGAAACCAUUUAAAUCAUGAUCUAAUGUAUAUGAGUCGCUUUACGAUGCACGGGGACUUGCAUAAAAAUGGUGUUUGCACUUUGAUGUAUUUUACGGAGCAUGCGGACACAUUCAGGAAUCAUGGAGGAAGUGAAGUCAUGUUUACGCACAGCGUCAGGAAGUGGGUACACAUUUCUUUGCUUGCUGGAUGUUGUUGCUUUUUGAUGCCUUUUUAUUUUAUAUUUUUUUUAUUUUACCUCUGCUUGUGCGUUGCAUCUUUUCUCGAUCAAAACAAACACGCACUACACAGAUCGUUGUUCCAUGAAAUGUAACUGUAGUUAGAGCGGUAUGAAGAAAACUUUUGUCGGCUGUUUUAAUAUUUUCGUUGCAUCGAAGGAAGAACUUUGUUAUCCUUAUCAGGUUGAAGAUUGUUAGAUGUAGCUGGAGGUUUACUUUGUAGAUUAUUUCAUUGCUAACAUACACAACAGUAGAAACCAAUUAAAUAUGUGUUAAAAUGUCUGUGCAUCCAAAGAGUGAUGCAGCUCUUUGUUGCACUGAUUUUCCUAACUCUAGGUAUGGAUAAUUACUGUCAGACUCUGCAGUGUAGGAACAUAUCUUUUUUGUACUUUAUCUGUUUUGCCCGUUCAAUUUUUUUCAGUUGGUGAUUUCUUGGUCACUGGGCCUGUUUUAAACCAUGCAACCACUUUGCAGAGCUUCGAUCUGAAUUUUACCUCCCACAUAAUCCCCUCAGAUAAACUUGGAUCAUCCAUCCAUCCAUCCUUGUCACACUUCCAAGUGUUGUAAUCUUUUUAAUUAUUACUCUCACUGCAGAUGUGGGCAAGUCAAGGCAAGAAGCUAUUAACUUGUAGCCAUUUCCUGAAUUAGGAAGAUCAACACACAUCAUACAGGCACACACAGAGUGAUUCCGAAAUGGAUUUUGACCUUGUCAGACAGUGUGAACUUGAUUAUAUAAUAGGUCGUUGGUAACACUGCCAUUAUGGCAUAAGGCAGGGCUGCUGCAAAUGCAGAAUUAUUGGAGAAAUGGAAAGUUUUGGAUGGGAAAACAGAGUUGGAUUCUGGACAGGAGGGGAGAACGAAGAAAAGAAGACAUUGUGGAGCCACCUAUUAUUAAAGUAAUAAGCUUUUAUAAAUUUCCCCUUAAAAUUUAAAACACUGACUAAUAUUUUUCGUAAGUCAGCUUUGCCCUUUGAAAACCCAGCUUCUUUUCAAUGAUAUUCAUGUAUUUUUGAUUUUGAAGUGUGGCUGAGAGAAAUAUGCUCUGUUUCUUAUUAUAUUUAUUCCCCAGAGACUAUCCCUGCACAGCAAGAACCUGGCUUCUGAGUCACAUCAUAUUUAUUCCCAGUGAUACAAGAUUACUGAGUUACUCAUCAAAACUUUAGAGACAUUCUUGUUAUCUUAUGAUAUGCAAAAAAAAUAAUCAAACUUUUGGAUACUUAAAACAUACUUUUUCUCCCCCUUAAAUAAAUGUACUGAAGUUUUUCUUCUAAAUUUUCAGUGUGACAUUCACUUCUAAAAUAAGUUUUUUUAAAGAAUUUUCUAACUGUUUUUUGGGGAAAAACACAUUUAUUAAAACUUUUACUUCAAUGGUCUGAGCAAUGUUAAACUGGAAGCUUGUCUUGGUCAAUAUAUAUACUAAUAUA